CGUCUUAAAUAUUCAACAUUAUUUUCAGUAUAUUCACGUGGUAUGAUCUAAAAAAUGAAAAUAAGUGUUGUUGCAAAUUGUUUAUUAUUGUGUUUAGUUGUACUGAAGUGUAAAGGAGCAAAAAUUUUGGGUAUAAUUCCAACUGCGUCUUACAGCCAUCAAAUAACAUUCCAGCCGUUAUGGACGGAGUUAUCUUUACGAGGACACAACGUAACUGUCAUUACGACAGAUCCUCUCAAUAACGCAUCUUUGAAUAAUUGCAGAGAAAUCGAUAUCAGCGAAAUAUACGAUCUAUUUAGGAAUAUACAGUUUUACGAAACUAUCUCAGUCAAUCCUGUAUAUUUUUGGAAAAUAGUUUUGUUGUUGAAGAACAUUUGUUUAGAAUUAACUACAACUUUAAUCGAAAAUGAGGAAUUGAAUGCUAUAAAGAAUGAACAUUUUGAUUUGGUUAUAGCCGAAGCGCAUUUUCCUUCUAUAGUAGGUUUUAUAGGACACUAUAAAUGCCCGUGGAUAGGUGUGUCUUCCAUGGAAUCCAGUUUACAGUACAACGUAGCUAUCGGAAAUCCCACGCAUCCUAUUUUGCAUCCAGAUUACAAUCUUCCGUUGGAGAAUUUGGAAAAUUUAAAUUUUUUCGAAAGACUUUUGAGUUUUUUAUAUCGCACUUUGUAUAUAUUCGUGAUAAAUACUUAUAUUUUUCCUAAAUUAUCAACUAUUUAUGAUGAAUCUGGAUGGAAAUCGCCGCCUUUAAUUCAAGUACAAAACAACAUCAGCAUGUUGUUUGUCACUACACACCCCAUUUUUCAUAAUAUCAGACCAUCACUUCCAAAUACCAUAUCAAUUGGAAAUGGAAUGCAUUUCAAGAAACCUCACCCUCUACCUGAGGUAAGUGAAUACAGUAAUUCAAAAAAUCAAUUUUUUUAUUUAUAAUCACAUGAAACUUUUCGUAUCUUUUCUUGAUUUGCUGGGUAUAGAAUGAUAAAGUCAAAGACCGAAGUUGGGACUGGAUGUUAUGUAACAUCCUUAGAAAAACACAUCUUUUCGUAUAAAAUCUUCUCUUUCUACAUUGUUUAUACUGCAAUUAUUAUUAGAAGCGUUGAAACAGAUAUACAGUCCAAGAUGUACAUGAUUUAAAUGUUGAGAAAACAAAAUAAUUCAAUCACUCAAUAUGGGCUCUUGCUCACGUUAGAAGCCAUUCAGGUUGUUAGCGAGAUUCUAAAACGUUCGGGGUUCCCCGCAGAGCCUGCCGCCUGUCAUUUGACGACGCUGAAUACCCAGUUGAUCACGUCAAGCCAAAUUAUACCUAAUAAUUGAAUUCGGAUCCAAAUUAUCGAGAGCGAAAGCUAAUUAAACUUCUGUCGAGUCCCAUUUUCGAAUCGCCCCCUCUAAUAAUCAAAUUUUUCCUCUGUUGAGCGUGGGCUCCACGUUUAAGAGUCCUGAACCCAUCACAUGGCUAUUGAGAUAAUAAUCCAGAAGAUAUUACAUAUUGAAGUACAUCAAUUUAUAAACGAUUAUUUGUAAAAACAGCUAUGCAUUAUUUUUGUUUUUGAAUUGUGAAUGAUUUUUCUUCACCUUUUUAUUAAAAGGUGAAGGGUUCAUAUCGUUGAAACAACAAUUAGUUUAAUAAACGAAGUUACCAAAGUUG